AUGAGCGGGCAACCUCUGGCUGGCGCGCCAGCUGCCAACUAUGCUGCGCAGCCGGCAACCUCACCGGCUGGCCCAGCACCAGCACCAGGGGGCAAUGCUGGUGCCACCGGCGGUGCCAUGUCAAACCAGAAUCUUAACCAGAUAGUCACCGACUAUCUGCUGAAGAGAGGCUUUAAUCGCACUGAGGAGGUAUUUCGACAAGAGUCCAAACACUUGGGACCAGACGGAAAGCCCAUCCAGCAACUAGCCAAUAUUGGUCCCAAGAAGUAUCAGAAAGCUUUUAAACUUUUGAAGGAAUGGGUAGACAACAAUUUAGAGCUCUACAAGUUUGAGCUGUCAAAGCUCCUCUGGCCCAUGUUUGUAUACGCCUUUCUUGAACUUGCUGGACAUGGCUACACAGAAGAUGCGAAAACAUUUCUCAAGGACUUGAGCAGUUAUUUCCAACCCGUACAUGCAGAUGACCUCAAGACAUUCUCCACAAUAGCAUUACCUCAGCAUGUCGCCGAGAACCCUACUGCGAAACUGUACAAGGAAAACAAGUACCGAAUACCACUUAACCAACACGCCACGGGCGAUUUAUUCAAUUUUUUGGAGAGAGAUUCCGAGCAAGGGGGAUCCGUCAUUCGCCAGCUUCUUGUUACCUAUUGCCAGAUUGACUCAACUGCCCGUGGCCCCAUUACUCCUUUCAGCUUCGAGGCCGUCUUCAGGCGCUCCAAGAACGCUGAUAUUGAAGAAAUUGAUGCCAAGGAGGGUAUCCCUGGGGUCAAUAUCGGCCUUUCGAACAAAGACAUCCUCGACCCGGCUCAACCGCUUAAAUUGGGACCUUUGCCAAUGGAUCCUGAUCUGCGAGACGAUGUACGUGCUGAGAUUGAGGAUGAGGAAAAGCGAAACCCACCUGCAGAGGGCACGAAUAGCAUGCUGGAGGACUUUGACCAGAAGAUUAAACGCGAGGAAGAUGUAGAUGCCCCGAGCAGAGCCGAUCUGCCGUUGCCUCCCUCAAGGCCUCGAGACAUUAUGCUCGAGAUGCAAAAGGUCCGAGAAAACCGAGACCGGUUCAGGAUUGACGGUCGUACGGGCGGCAUUGGAACAUCCGUCAGUGCUUGCAUGUUUACGUUUCACAAUACGUUCGGCACCGUGUCAUGCAUGGACUUCUCUGAUGAUGGGCAGCUAGUCGCGGCUGGCACAAGUGAGUCCUAUAUUCGCGUUUGGUCCCUUGACGGCAAGGGCCUUCCUACAAUGAAUGCGCACGAAAAGGAUGCCAAAUUCAACAGUCGCAAAUUGAUUGGGCAUGCCGCACCAGUAUACGAUGUUUCCUUCUCCGAGUCAGCAUCUGGUCCCGCUCAGAGGCUGUUUGGUGACGAAGGCCGACACAACCCUGUAAUGAAUGGCAGGCCGAAACUCCUGCUCUCCUGCUCAGCCGACGGCCAUGUGCGAUUGUGGUCUUUGGAGUCUUGGGCAUGUCUCUGCCUAUACAAGUCUCACGACGGCCCCAUAUACCGCACACUCUGGGGCCCGCACGGGCACUACUUCAUAAGCGGCGGUUACGACAAGGCGCUGCGUGUUUGGAUGCAAGAUCAUGCUUCACCACAACGCCUCUUGGUGGGGCACGACACUGCCAUAUCCGCUAUUGCUUGGCACCCAAAUGGCAUGUAUGUACUCUCCGCGUCGGACGAAACGGAUAAAUCUAUUCGUAUGUGGUCCGUGGUGACUGGGGCUUGUGUACGAGUCUUUGCCGGCCACACUGAUCACAUCACGGCUCUUGAGUGUGCUCCAAAUGGAAAGAUUUUAGCCAGCGCAGAUCUGGCGGGCAACAUCUUCUUCUGGGACCUUGCCAAAGGCACUCGUAUCAAGCGUUCCCGUGGCCAUGGACGCGGCGGCAUUUGGUCUCUGAGCUUUAGCGUGGAAUCCAAUGUCCUCGCUUCCGGCGGUCAAGACGGUACAGUCCGGCUAUGGGAUGUUGAAGAGCCAGUCGACCCUCACAAGGCGGCUGCCCACGCUGGUUUGGAGGCCGCGGCCGCUUCUGCAGCCGCCGAUGGCGCUGCUGCGACUGGUGCGGCCACGGAUGCCUCUCGUGCGAAUGCCGCUGCAGGGCAAUCUACCGCUGUUCCAACCUCUACUGGAACGCAGAAGAAGAAGGGCAAAGAAGUCAUGGUUACCCAUGAUCAAAUCAGUGCUUUUCCCACCAAGAAGACGCCUGUCAUGAGAGUCAAGUUCACGCGAAUGAAUCUUGUUAUGGUCGGUGGCUGCUACGACCCCGAACGAUAG